GAACUGUGAAGUAAAAACGAGCUGUCAGAUAACUUCAUCAUGGGGAGCUUUAAUAUGGUAGAAAAGAAAUAUAAGUUAAGAGAUAUUAAAUAUGAUCAUUGUGAUAAUCAUACCACAAACACAAAAGCGGAAUAUUGUUGCAGAGGAUUGAUUUUGACAAGCUGUUUCCUCUUUGUGUGCGCGACUGCAGUAGUUUGCUUCGCUUUGUAUCAACAUAGGACGUGGCGGAAUAGUGUCGUCAGUGGAGGCCUACAAAGAAGGGUUGCAGAGAGAGUGAUAUCAUGUUAUUAUAACAUGCCCAGCGAGCAUGCUGCUGAUCAAUUAAUGCCAACUGGUAUUGAUCCAAAUUUGUGUACACACAUUAACUUAGCCUUCGCUCAAGUAGUGAAUAAUGAGAUAAGUCUUGCGCCUCAUCAAUAUCAUACAAUCACUGAAAUGGUGAAGCUCAAGCACACAAAUCCUGAUCUCAAAAUUCUGGUGUCAGUUGGAGGAUCAGGAAGUGAUAAAGGUUUUCCUGAUAUGGUAUUAAAUCACACAUCAAGAAAGACUUUUAUUAAGUCAGUGAAAUACUUAUUGAGAAAUCAUUCCCUGGACGGGAUAGACUUAGAUUGGGAAUUCCCAGCUUUACAUAGUGCAUUACAUGGUGGUCGUGAGCGACAACAUUUCUCACAGUUGCUUCGGGAGAUCCGUAUGGAAUACUUAAGAGAAAAACGGGAUUAUCUUCUAACUGUAGCUGCUGCAGCUCCUCAGGCAAUUGUUGAUAUUUCAUAUGAUGUUGAUCAACUGAACCUGUAUGUUGAUUAUGUGAACAUCAUGACUUAUGAUUUCCACUACUUCACCAAGUACACUCCAUUCACUGGGUUUAACUCUCCCCUCUACUCACGGAGUACAGAACAGCUAUACUUAGCUACAUUGAAUAUUAACUACACCAUACACAUGUAUCUGGACAAGGGUUUAGAUCGCAAUAAAAUAAUUGUUGGGAUACCUACUUAUGGUCAUACAUUCUCUUUGGUCAAUGUUGACAACCACCAAGUAAGCAGCCCAGCUUCUGGCUUUGGAUCCCUUGGAUCACUCGGGUUUAUUAACUAUCCAGAUGUGUGUGCAUUUGUCACCACCACUAACAAUGUCUCAAUUACUAGAGACAAUGAAGCUAAGGUCUCUUUUUUGUAUAAAAGCAAAGAAUGGGUAUCUUAUGAGGACCUGCACAGUGUAAUGGAGAAAGCUAAGUUUAUAAUUGAAAAUAAGUUGGGGGGAGCCAUGAUAUAUUCACUCAAUGCUGAUGACUACAAGGGUGAGUGUCGAGGCGUAUGGGCUCGCGCGGCCGUCGGUGGGUUCCCGCUAGUCGAGACAGUGAGUGACACCUUGAAGAACAACGGUAGCUCAGAGCAAAAUGUGUUAGAUGUUUCAUUAAUUUAACGGUGGUUAAUCCAUUACCAGUAUUAAAUAUUGGAGCACAUUCCAUAUAAGUAAUUAUUUCUAGAAAGUUACCUGUUUCUUCCUUGUCACGUAAGUUAUUUUGUACAUGGUGCGGGUUUUCAUAAUUCGUGUGAAGGAGAGUUGGCGACAUUAACUAAGAGACCGUGAGUUGGCGGGCGGCUGGUCGGCGGUCGCCCACGCGGAAGGCGCGACAAGGCGCGAGGCCGCUCGGCCGGCGGCGGCGGGGCAGAGCACGGCCGCGGCGGCACUGCGCACCGCGCGCCAGCUCCGCCGGCUCUGUGCUCAUGCUCAUCCAUUCAGAACCGCACGCGCCCGCAUACAUUAUACUUGCUUCUAAUUAACUUUUACAGUUGGAAAAAUGUAAGAUUCUUGCACCAUCUAUAGUGUACUCUACGCUCCAAUGACCAUGCGUAGGACGCAAGUACUAGAUACAGGUACCACAAUUGCAUAGUGAUAGGAUGCCUAUCUGAGGUCGUUACUAAGUUAUGAACGAGGAAUGUGACGUCAACAAAAGAUACUAUUUCAAAAAUUGUGUCGGUCGUAAUAUACCCAUAUAGGUAUUUGUAUUACAUAUAUUAUGUAGGUCAGACGACGCUAAUGUUGAAAAAUCUUUUAAAUGUCUAUUGCUUAUGAACAAAAAUGGGCAGAACGUGUGGUUACCACACGAUCGCUACGGUCGGCGGACGAUAUGGACAACAGCAAAAUUCGGUCGCUUACUCGUGGGUUUCUUUUAGGUACGGCAUGAUUUCGAACCACGUUGCACGCAGCAACGUUGCCACGGUAUUACAGUAGGCAGUGUUCCUAUAAAUUUCAUAAAAAAAACAUUCGACCUAGGCAACAGUGUUGCGGAAAACUUAUCUGUCGCGGCAGAUAAGUGGUGAUGCGUUUGCUGCUGCUGCUAGAGUAUAUGAAUGCUGACAUAGAAAUUGUCAACAGAAAGAUGAAUUUCUAUGAUAUAUAAGAGAAACAGUUACUAAAUAUUAUGUGACUUUAGGUACAAAUACAAAUAUACAAAAUCCCAUCACCAUGAAUACUUAGCGACCUAGCUCGAAGCCAGCCAGCCAGGCAGGCAGCACAGUCGGACAACACCUCAAUGGCAGGAAUUCGGCACUGCGGCAACUUUAACCUUGGCAGUACUUGCAACCUACGUAUCUAUUAGUAGGUAUAUCCUACUUUGUAGUUACCUGCAAUAUUAAUGUUUUGUAACUGAAGAAAUUGUAUAUUUUUGUAAUCUCAAACACAUUUAGAUAAUGCAAAUAUAAAAUAAAAUAAAUAUUUAAUUAUUUGAA